CCCAAAAAUAAAUCAUCCAUCCCACGCUCACAUUCCCUCCACUUCUCUCUCCAUCUUUUCCUGCUUUCUCUCACUAGAACACAGCAGCUGCAGCAGCAAUGGUGGUGCUACUGCCCACUGACAAACAACCGGCUGGAGAUCUCACAAUCAAAGAAGUCAGCCACAGUAAGAGCGGAUAUUCUCUCAGGAGUACUAGAGCGAGAGCGGAGACUCGCGAAGCUAGAGACUCUCCACCUCCCGCUGUGAAGAAACGCACUGCCGCUGCCUCCGCCAGAGCAGGACGAGCGGAGAAGAAGAUCAAGCCGGAUAAUGCGGAGGAGUCCACUGCAGCGGCCGCCGUUGGCGGAAACCGCGACGAAUCCGCCGUUGUCGCCGUGGAGAAGAGCGCUUACGCUAAAGUCAGGGAAACGCUUCGGAAAUUCAACAGAUACUAUCUCAAUUUCAUCCAGGCGGAAGAGAGUAGGUUCGCGACGCGUGAAGCUGAUCUUAAGGCUAAAAAGGUUUCAAAAUCUAAAUCCAAGAAUGGUAAUACAGCUGAAGAUCGAGAUAAAAAGGCUCAGAAGCGCCCAGAUCUCAAGGCUACUGCUGAGAUGAGGAAUACUAAUGCAAUUCUAUUCCCUAAGAAGGUUAUUGGCUCCAUUCCAGGAAUUGAAGUUGGUCACCAAUUUUUUUCACGAGCUGAGAUGGUUGUGGUGGGUUGUCACCAACAUUGGUUGGCUGGAAUUGAUUUCAUUGGGGGUACUGCUGAGACUUCCCGAAAAAAUGGAAAAAAAAUGGGACUGAAUGGAUACAAGCUCCCACUUGCUGUAUCUAUUGUUUUGUCUGGCCAAUAUGAGGAUGAUUUUGACAAUUGUGAGGAAAUUGUCUACACUGGUCAAGGAGGAAACAAUUUGCUUGGAGACAAACGGCAAAUUGCAGACCAAGAAAUGAAAAGGGGCAAUUUGGCACUUCAGAAUUGUAUAGAGCAGCGAUCACCUGUCAGGGUAACCCGUGGACAUAAACGUCAAGACAGCUAUGUUGGGAAAGUUUAUACUUAUGAUGGCUUGUAUAGGGUUACUGAAUUUUGGGCUGAGAAAGGGGUCUCUGGCUUCACGGUUUACAAAUUUCGUCUAAAACGAGAUGAUGGGCAACCACCGUUGACGACAAAGGAGGUUUAUUUCACUCGCGGUCGUAUUCCUCAAUCUUUAUCAGAAAUAAGAGGGUUGAUAUGUGAAGAUAUUUCUCAAGGCCUUGAGAAAAUCCGCAUCCCUGUCACUAAUUUGGUUGAUAAUUCUUGCAUUCGAACAGAAGAUUUUGUCUACAUCAAGAACUUGAAAUAUAGUAAGAAUGUACCUAUCCCUACAAUUGCUCCAAGAGGAUGUGGCUGUCGUGGAACUUGCACGGAUCCAAGAACUUGUGCAUGUGCAAAACUCAAUGGCGGUGAGUUCCCAUAUGUGCACAAGAACGGUGGAAGACUAGUUGAACCAGCAGAUGUUGUUUUUGAAUGUGGUCCAAAUUGUGGUUGUGGACCUGAAUGUGUAAACAAGACCAGCCAAUCUGGGCUUAGAUUCCGCCUGGAGGUAUUCCGUACCCCAAAGAAGGGCUGGGGUGUCAGGUCUUGGGACAGCAUUCCUUCUGGUGCCCCGAUUUGCGAGUACAUAGGCCUGGUCAGGAAAACUGCUGAUUUGGACCCAGCUGCGGAUAACAGCUAUGUUUUUGACAUCGAUUGCUUGCAAACGAUGAAGGGUCUGAACGGACGAGAGAGUCGGCUAAGGGAUGUGAGUUUGCCAUCUCACUUAAAAAAGAUUAUUGAAGAGUCAUCAGAAAGUGUGCCGUUUUGCAUUGAUGCCGCAAAUACCGGCAAUCUCGCCAGGUUCAUCAAUCACAGCUGUCAGCCGAAUUUGUUUGUCCAAUGCGUUCUGAGCAAUCACCAUGAUAUCAAACUUGCAAGGGUGAUGCUCAUUGCUGCCGACAACAUUCCACCUUUGAAGGAACUCACUUAUGAUUACGGUUACGAGCUUGACAGCGUGCUCGACCCUGAUGGGACGGUACGCCAAAUGGCGUGCUACUGCGGUGCGGACGAGUGUAGGAAGCGGCUUUACUAAUAUUCCUAGAGCUGAUUAAUUACUGGUAUGCGUGCAUGGCUAGUUGAUUGGUUUCUAUUGAGAUUAUGAAUCACAGUCAAACCAGCCCAUUUUUUUGUUGGUUGUGUAUGUUUGUGCCUUCGCUUUUAUCUGUGGGUAAAAUCUAACGAGUCCACCUAAGGAGAAAUGCAUUACAUAUAGUGUGAUUGAGCAAAGUACAUUUAUAUCAGCAUUUUGUUGAAGUGUAAUAUACCUUGCUUCAAUUGAUCUCAUUUGUUAGUGUACAA